AUGGAGGCAAAACAGAUCGAGAUGAAGGUUAUUGGUGCGGCCGAGAAAGAAGUAGUGACCGGUGAAGUCCGGGAAACAGAUAUCGACGCAGAUCUGCACGUCAACAAAGCGUCCAAAACCGAACGGCCAAAAGAAGAGGCAACCUUUGAAGUCCGGGAAACGGAUAUAGACGCAGAUCUUCCCAUUAACCAAACAACAAGUCCCGUUGAUAAGAUCAAGAUUCCUGCCACCAUGAAGGAAGAGGAAUUGCAGGAGCUUCCUCGACCUCGCACUGCGCCGGAGCAGUCUGCCGUCGAGGAAGCUCCUGCAGUCGGAGAAGCUGCUUCUAGUCCGCCGCCAGUCGCGGAGGACGCUGCACUGCUAGAGCAGAACGCUCUGGAGCGCGCAUGCGCACCUUUGUGCAGCAGAGUGUCGGAGAGAUUGUACCGGUGUAUUAUGGUCUUUGGCUUUGUCUGCCUUGCUGGAAUGGUCGUAGUAUUUGUGUAUUUUUUGGUGAAGCUGUUGCUGAAGAAAUUCGCAUAG